AUGCAACAACAACAACAACAACAGCAACAGCAACAUCAUCAACAACUAGAUCAACAUUUCCAAAUGCACCAGCAGCAUCAUUCGCUUAAUUUUAAUUCGAAUCAAAAUUUAUCGCACCGACAACAGCUCUUACAUCAGCAACAACUCUUACAUCAACAACAUAUACAACUAAUUCAUUCACCAUUUAUACAUCACCAGCAACAUUUGCAACAACACCACCACCAUUUACACCAUCACCAGCAAUAUUUCCAGCAGCAACAACAGUUUCAUUUACAUAAUCAAUCACAUUUACAACAUUUACAACAACAUUUACAACAACAAUCGCAACAAGAGCAGCAAUCACAACAACAUUUUCAACAACCUCAACAACAAUCACAACAACAAUAUUAUCAACAGCGUUUAGUGUUUCAACACCCACCCAUACCUUCAUUUCCUCAUCGACAUCAUUUACAGCAUUUAAAUCAUCAUCAACAUAAUCAUCAUUUAAUACAUCAACAGCAUUUACAGCAGCAACACCAACAACAUCGUUUUAAUAAUAGUAAUAGUAAUAGAGUUCAUUCGCAUCACUAUCAUAAUCACCAUCAUCACCACCCAAAUAACAAUAUUAAUAUUCAAGAUGGUGAUCAUGAAGAUGAAGGUACUUAUGAACAAUAUUUGGAGUUGGAUAGAAAUAAUGUACCAAGAGGAGUUUCAGAAGCUGAUAUAAAUAAACUUAGAAAAGUAAUAUAUGAUAGCGGUGUUGAGGAUCACGAAAAGCCUAGUGAAACACAAUGUGGUAUUUGUCAAGAGCCUUUUAAAGAUGGCGAGGUUUUAAUAGAUUUACCUUGCUCCCAUAGAUAUUGCGAAGAUGGUAUAAAGAAGUGGUUUUCAAUAAAUAAUACUUGUCCAUUAUGUAGAAAAGUUUUAGUGUUUUAG